AUGGUAUUCAUACGUUAUCAAAGUACCGACGAUUUUCGUGAAGAAUUUUUAUUUUGUGAGCCUCUUCUUACAACAGCAACAGGCUUAGUUAUUUUUGAUAAAGUUGAUGGAUUUUUUCGGAAAAAUAAACUUGCUUGGUGUAAUUGUGUUGGAAUCUGUUCGGAUGGUGCACCGGCAAUGCUUGGAAAUCGAAUAGGAUUUUGUAAACGAGUUCAGGAAGUUAACACAAAUGUUGUAAUUAUUCAUUGUUUUUUACAUCGAGAAAAUUUAACAACUAGAACAAUUCAGCCAGAACUUUUUUCAGUACUUCAAGACGUAAUUCAAAUUGUCAAUUUCAUAAAAUCAAGAGCACUAAAUACAAGAAUAUUACAUGCCAUGUGUGACGAGAUGGGAUCACAGUAUGUUAAUUUACUUUAUCACUCGGAUGUGCGUUGGUUUUCCCGUGGAAAAAUUCUUACCCGUGUAAUGUCUGCGUUUAGAAAUACAAAUUUUUCUAACGGAAAAAAAACACUCAUUUACUGA